UUCCUGUCCACGCUGAUCCGCCUGCGCUGCUGGAAGAUUCUUCAGCUCGGGGGUCGUUAGCGCGCGGAUCGGAGCUUCGACUUCAGCAGUCAUGUGCAUCAGAGCCGGCGCGCGCUUCAGCGGACUGACUGUGCUCUUCCUUCUCGCUGCUGCAGGGAUGCGCGCGCGGGGCCAAGGUGAUGGCACUGGCCUGAGCAAUAGAGGAGGAGAAUCGGAAUCAGAACAAGAACUCAAUCCUUUCACUUCAAAACCAAACUUUGAAGUCCAUGAGAUCACCACAUCCUUCACACCAAGCUUUCCUGACCACCGGCCCAACCUGAGAGGUCUACUGCUCCACGAAGCUCUGCUCACUAAGGACUUCCAAGGAGACCAGCAGUUCUUCAAAGAAGAUGGUGGAUUGGAGGCUCAACCCACUGCCUCAGGGCCGUCAACUUACCUAGAAACCGGAGAUUCAGCAACGCAUGUAGUUCCUCAUGAAGAUGCUCCGGCCUUCUCUGACAUCGCCACUACGGCCAUGACCACGGUCAGUCCCACUCUACCUGGAAAGCUGGUCUCCAUGCCUCAAAAGAGGCCCAGCAAGGGCAGAGAAAGGACAGCAGAGAAGUUGGAGGUCACUUCUCAAGCUCUAACAACUCCAGUCUUGCCAGCCACCACCCGGCCAAACAUUCGGCAACAGACGUCUCUAGCUUCAACAAAGGCACAUCUUUCAGAGAGGAAAGCAGCUUCCAAGGAUAAUGCUUCGUCAUCAGCAACAGCUUUCACAAAGAAAGAACCUCUGAGGCCAGCAGGGAAGAGCCUUGAGGGUAAUCAUACUGAUGUGGAUGAAGAAACAAUGACAAGCACCAUCCACACCACAACUAUCAUCAGCACUAUGAGAGCUGAAGGUCAGUGCAGCAUGAACUUCACGGAUGCUGAGGGCGACAUUGAGAUGCCACCCAGGGCUGAUGAUUCCUCCACCGUGGAUUGCACUUAUCUGGUUACAGUCUACCUUGGAUACGGGGUUGAAAUUCAGGUGCUGAAUGUGACACUGAUGGAGGGGGAGGAGGUGGUUCUUGAGGAUCUGGGGGGUCUAGAGCCGUCCAUCCUGGCCAACGAGUCGGUGCUGACCAGGGGGCUGGUGGUGCGCAGCUCCAGCAACCAGAUCUCCAUCCGCUUCAGCAGCGAGAAACGGCACACGGCGAGCUCCCUGCUGCUGCGCUACAGAGCCUUCGUUUUGAGCUGUGCCUACCCUCAGACCCCAGCUAAUGGUGAAGUAUCAGUCAGCAGCCUCCAUGCAGGAGGAGAGGCCUAUUUCUUCUGCCUGACUGGCUACCAGCUCCAGGGUCCCUCGUCCCUCACCUGCCGCAACGCCACCAUGCCCUACUGGAGCGGCAAAGAGCCCAAGUGCCUUGCCGCUUGCGGAGGGAUGGUGAAAAAUGCCACGCUGGGCCGCAUCGUCUCGCCCGGGUUUCCAGGCAACUACAGCAACAACCUCACCUGCCAUUGGGUCCUGGAGGCCCCCGAGGGCCACAGGCUGCAUGUCCACUUUGAAAAAGUGGCCCUGGCUGAGGACGACGACAGGCUGCUCAUCAAGAACGGGAACAACAUCGACUCACCCCCCAUAUACGACUCCUACGAAGUGGAAUAUCUUCCCAAUGAAGGCGUGGUGAGCACAGGCAGGCACUUGUUUGUGGAGUUCACCACCGACGAGACGGGGACCUGCACUGGUGCUGCUAUUCGAUAUGAAGCCUUUGCUGAGGGGACGUGCUACAAGCCCUUUGUGAAGUAUGGCAACUUCUCCAGCAGUGACCUGUCGUAUGGAGUAGGCACAGUGGUGGAGUUCUCCUGUGAGCCGGGAUACACUCUGGAGCAGGGAUCUGUAACCAUAGAGUGUGUGGACCCGGACAACCCUCAGUGGAAUGAGACGGAGCCGGCCUGCCGAGCUGUGUGCAGUGGAGAGAUCACAGAUUCCGCUGGAGUGGUUCUCUCCCCAAACUGGCCCGAGGCCUACGACAAAGGGCAGGACUGCAUCUGGGGCAUCCACGUGGAGGAGGACAAGAGGAUCAUGCUGGACAUCCAAGUCCUUCAUCUUGGUAAGAAUGACAUAUUGACGUUUUACGAUGGCGAUGACCUCACAGCCAACAUCCUGGGCCAGUACAGUGGCACUCUCCCCAAAUUCAAACUCUACACCUCCAUGGCUGAUGUGACCAUCCAGUUCCAGUCGGAUCCAGCCACCAACAUCUAUGGCUACAACAACGGCUUUGUGGUGCAUUUCUUCGAGGUGGCCCGGAACGACACAUGCUCAGAGCUACCGGAGAUUCCUAACGGUUGGAAGAGCACAUCCCAUCCUGAUUUAAUCCAUGGGACAGUGGUGACUUACCAGUGCUACCCGGGCUACCAGGUGGUGGGCUCUGAGAUCCUCAUGUGCCAGUGGGAUCUUACGUGGAGCGGAGACGUGCCCAGUUGUGAGAAAGUGAUGACGUGUCAGGACCCUGGUCUGGUGGAGCACGGCCGCAGGGUGCUGACGGGGUCCCGCUUCACUGUGGGCUCCAGCGUCCAGUACGUGUGCAAUAAGGGAUACUCACUGUCCGGCCCCGGAGUCCUCACCUGCUACAGCCGCGACACGGCCGACCCCAAGUGGAGCGAGAGGCUGCCGAAGUGUGUCCCUGAGCGGUAUGAACCCUGCAGUAACCCUGGUGCUCCCUCCACUGCCAUCCAGAGCUCCGAGAAAGCCUUUUUCCAGGCCGGGGAUACGCUGACCUUCACCUGCCGACCUGGCUAUCAGCUCCAGGGGGAGACCACCAUCCGCUGCAUCCCAGGACAUCCCUCUCAGUGGAGUGGGAUGCCCCCUGCAUGCAGGGCCACCGGGGGAGAUGCUAAUGAGCACAGAUUGGACGUUGUCAGCUCUGACCUCGGUGCAGAGGGCACCAAAACUGCUAUUGCAGUCAUGGUUCCUGUGGCAGCGGUGUUACUGGUCAUACUGGGCAUUUACCUCUACUUCUCAAAAGUCCAAGGGAAGACCCUUCACCUGCCCAGCUCAUCUUUACCUCCUUACGACAAUAUGACAGAGGAGUCCGCGUUCGACAACCCCAUCUACGAGACUGGAAAGAGCGAUGAGGAGACGAGACAAUAUGAGGUGUCUAUUUAGAGACUGUUGAGCAGUGGCUGUCCAUGUUCUACACUUCUCCUCCUCUGUGACAGCUCCUCCUCUGUUCCUCUCCUCCUUCCCACACUUCUCCAUUCCCUCCUUCCGCUGAGCUCUUGUACAGUAUAUUUUUUCUCCAGAGGACCUCUGCCAACACUGUAAAAGAUGGGGGACAAUAUGAUGUUAUUUUUGUAGCGCUUCAGCAACGAUGACCCAACUUUCUUUUUUCUUCUUCUUCUUCUUCUUCUUCUUUUUGUUUUUGUUUUUUUUUGUUCACUGAGCACAAAGUUUGAGUGUACAAAAUAAAGAGGGACAAUAUCAGAGUGUUUUUCAGUGUCUAUAUAAUGAGAUGGGACAUGCUUCAGACUUGAGAACGAACAAGAGUCCAGCGUUAUCCAACUAUGCCGUGGUGACACUCAGAGACCAGUGUGUUAAUGCUAUCAUUACUCAGUCUAUUAACGGCAUUGGCACCAGUGAAUGUCUGCAUGGGGUUUUCUUUCCUAAACACUUUGUAAAUAAACUAUUCGACUAUUCGAAACCAA